CGCGCGCACACGCCCGCCCGCUCUGCCUCUGCGCCCUCCAUCCCGGCUCGCUCCUUCCCUCGCCCUCUCGCCUCCCCUGCGGUCUCUCGCUCUGCGCGCACACCCCGCACACACGCACACGCACACACACGCGCGCACACACGCAGCCGGCACAGGCGGCGGCGGCGGCGGCGGCGGCGGCGGCUGCCCAAGUCAGGACGAACCUCUGUAGGCACCGUCUCGAGAAGGCGGCGGCGGCGGCGGCAGCCCGAGCAUCCCGAGCAUCCCGAGCAUCCCGAGCAUCCCGAGCAUCCCUCGUCUCCCCGAGAGCGAGCACCGCCGAGAGUUUGCGUUCCCUUCGCCGUUCCCUUCCCCCCCCCCACCUCCUUUUCUUUAUUUCGGAGAGCGUUUCCUCCUCGCUUAUUGGUUUUAAUUUGAUUCUGAAAAUUUUGGGUUGCUUUUGUGUGUGUGCCUUUUUUUUUUUUUCUUUCUUUUCCCCCCUUUCCUCAUUUUAUUUGCAUCCAGAGCAUGGCGUGCUGCGGGCUGUCGGAAGACACCUUCUUCUCUUCCUUCUUUUACAACUACGGCUCCUCCUGGGAAACCCCCUCCAGCCAGUCUGCCCCUGAACUGCCUUCGCUGCCGCUUUGGUAAAGGCUUGCAACGAAAGGGAGUAACAGCCACUGGCGGAUCCAGUUUGUGCAAGCAGCAUCAGCAAUGGAUGAGACCUCCCCCAGGCUGGAAGAAGACUGGAAAAAAGGCCUUCAGCGAGAAGCGAGCUGGCAGUGUGCUGCUCUGGUUGGUGAAGACCAGCCUCUUUGCCCAGAUCUUCCUGAACUUGACCUUUCUGAACUAGACGUGAACGACUUGGAUACAGACAGCUUUCUGGGUGGACUCAAGUGGUGCAGUGACCAAUCAGAAAUAAUAUCCAAUCAGUACAACAAUGAGCCUUCAAACAUAUUUGAGAAGAUAGAUGAAGAGAACGAGGCGAACUUGCUAGCCGUCCUCACAGAGACACUGGACAGUCUCCCCGUGGAUGAAGACGGAUUGCCCUCAUUCGAUGCACUGACAGAUGGAGAUGUGACCACUGAGAAUGAGGCCAGUCCUUCCUCCGUGCCUGACGGCACCCCUCCACCGCAGGAGGCCGAAGAGCCGUCUCUACUUAAGAAGCUCUUACUGGCACCAGCCAACACUCAGCUAAGUUAUAAUGAAUGCAGUGGUCUCAGUACCCAGAACCAUGCAAACCAUAAUCACAGGAUCAGAACAAACCCUGCAGUUGUUAAGACCGAGAAUUCAUGGAGCAAUAAAGCGAAGAGCAUUUGUCAACAGCAAAAGCCACAAAGACGUCCCUGCUCGGAGCUUCUCAAGUAUCUGACCACAAAUGAUGACCCGCCUCACACCAAACCCACAGAGAACAGGAACAGUAGCAGAGACAAAUGCACCUCCAAAAAGAAGUCCCACACACAAUCGCAGUCUCAACAUUUGCAAGCCAAACCAACAACUUUAUCUCUUCCUCUGACCCCAGAGUCACCAAAUGACCCCAAGGGUUCCCCAUUUGAGAACAAGACUAUUGAACGAACCUUAAGUGUGGAACUCUCUGGAACUGCAGGCCUAACUCCACCCACAACUCCUCCUCAUAAAGCCAACCAAGAUAACCCUUUCAGGACUUCUCCGAAGCUGAAGUCCUCUUGCAAGACUGUGGUACCUCCGCCAUCGAAGAAGCCCCGGUACAGUGAGCCUUCUGGCACCCAAGGCAAUACCUCCACCAAGAAAGGGCCCGAGCAGUCUGAGUUGUACGCACAACUUAGCAAGACCUCAGUGCUCACCAGUGGACACGAGGAAAGGAAGGCCAAGCGGCCCAGCCUACGGCUGUUUGGUGACCAUGACUACUGUCAGUCAAUUAAUUCCAAAACGGAAAUACUCAUUAAUAUAUCACAGGAGCUCCAAGACUCUAGACAACUAGAAUAUAAAGAUGCCUCCUCCGAUUGGCAGGGGCAGAUUUGUUCUUCCACAGAUUCAGACCAGUGCUACCUGAGAGAGACUUCGGGGGCGGGCAAGCAGGUCUCUCCUUGCAGCACCAGAAAACAGCUCCAAGACCAGGAAAUCCGAGCCGAGCUGAACAAGCACUUCGGUCAUCCCAGUCAAGCUGUUUUUGACGACGAAGCAGACAAGACCAGUGAACUGAGGAACAGUGAUUUCAGUAAUGAACAAUUCUCCAAACUACCUAUGUUUAUCAAUUCAGGACUAGCCAUGGAUGGCCUGUUUGAUGACAGCGAAGAUGAAAGUGAUAAACUGAACUACCCUUGGGAUGGCACGCAAUCCUAUUCAUUGUUCGAUGUGUCGCCUUCUUGCUCUUCCUUUAACUCUCCAUGUAGAGAUUCCGUGUCACCACCCAAAUCCUUAUUUGCUCAAAGACCCCAAAGGAUGCGCUCGCGUUCAAGAUCCUUUUCUCGACACAGGUCGUGUUCCCGAUCACCAUAUUCCAGGUCAAGAUCAAGGUCCCCAGGCAGUAGAUCGUCUUCAAGAUCUUGCUACCACUACGAGUCGAGCCACUGCAGACACCGCGCGCACCGAAAUUCUCCCCUGUGUGCAAGAUCACGUUCCAGGUCGCCCUACAGCCGUCGGCCCAGGUAUGACAGCUACGAGGAGUAUCAGCACGAGAGGCUGAAGAGGGAAGAGUACCGCAGAGAGUAUGAGAAGCGGGAGUCUGAGAGGGCCAAGCAAAGGGAGAGGCAGAGGCAGAAGGCAAUUGAAGAACGCCGUGUGAUUUAUGUUGGUAAAAUCAGACCUGACACAACACGGACGGAACUGAGGGACCGUUUUGAAGUUUUUGGUGAAAUUGAGGAGUGCACAGUAAAUCUGCGGGAUGAUGGAGACAGCUAUGGUUUCAUUACCUACCGUUAUACCUGUGAUGCUUUUGCUGCUCUUGAAAAUGGAUACACUUUGCGCAGGUCGAAUGAAACUGACUUCGAGCUGUACUUUUGUGGACGCAAGCAAUUUUUCAAGUCUAACUAUGCAGACCUAGAUUCAAACUCAGAUGACUUUGACCCUGCUUCCACCAAGAGCAAGUAUGACUCUCUGGAUUUCGAUAGUUUACUGAAAGAAGCUCAGAGAAGCUUGCGCAGGUAACAUGUUCCCUGGCUGAAGAUGACAGAGGGACGGUGAAUACCUCAUGGGACAGCGCGUCCUUCCCUAACUGACUAUUGCAAGUCAUACUUAGGAAUUUCUCCUACUUUACACUCUCUGUAUAAAAACAAAACAAAACAACAACAAUACAAGAACAACAACAAUGGUUUACAUGAACACAGCUGCUGAAGAGGCAAGAGACAGGAUGGAUAUCCAGUAAGCACAUGUGUAUUCAUGGGUGUCAGCUUUCUUUCCCUGGAGUCUCUUGGUGAUGGAGUGUGUGUGUGUGUGUGUGUGUGUGCACGCGUGUGGGUGCGUGUGUGCGUGUAUGUGUGUGCGCAUGCGCAUGCCUGGUUUGGGAAAAGCAUGUAUGUACAGGUGGGGACUGGGGGCACCUGACCAGAGUGUGCCAGGGCAAACCGCUUCAAAUGGCAGCAGUUCCGUGAAGACACACUUAAAACCUAGAACUUCAAAAUGUUCAUAUUCUAUUCAAAAAGAAAAAAAAAUGCAUAAAUUCAAAAAGGAAAGAAAACUAACCAACCAACCACAAACCACCCUAAAAUGACAGCCACUGAUGUCUGGGCAUCAACCUCUGUACUCUGUUUUUUAAGAAAGUGCAAAAUCAACUUGAAGCAAGCUUUCUCUCAUAACAUAAUGGUUAUAUGACAAUCCCGAAGAAACCACAGGUUGUGUAGAACUGAUACCCUUUCUCUCUCUCUCUCUCUCUCUCUCUGUCUCUCUCCAUCUCUCCCUCCAUCUCUCUCUCUCUCUCUUCCUUCCUGUCUCUCUGUCUCUCCCCCUCCUCUUUUUCCCUUUUGCCAUGGAGUCUGGGUGGGAGAGGAUGCUGCGGGCACCGGAAUGCUAAACUUUCCUAACAUUUUGAAGUUUCUGUAGUUCAUCCUCUAUCCUGACACCCAUGUAAAUGUCCAAAAUGUUGAUCUUCCACUGCAAAUUUCAAAAGCCUUGUCAAUGGUCAAGCGUGCAGCUUGUUCAGUGGUUCUUUCUGAGGAGCGGGCACGGUGUUACAUUACUAAUGAGAGUUGGCUAGAACUCUCUGGUAUGUGUUCAGAUAGUGUAACUGCUACAUUCUCUGAUGUAGUGAAGUAUUUACAGAUGUUAAAUGGAGUAUUUUUAUUUUGUGUACAUACUAUACAACAAUGUUCUUUUUUUGUUACAGCUAUGCACUGUAAAUGCAGCCUUCUUUUCAAAACUGCUAAAUUUUUCUUAAUCAAGAAUAUUCAAAUGUAAUUAUGAGGUGAUACAAUUAUUGUACACUAACAUAUCUAGAAGCUGAACUUACUGCUUAUAUAUAUUUGAUUGUAAAAACAAACAAACAAAAAAAGACAGUGUGUGUGUCCGUCGAGUGCAACAACAACAAAAUGAUGCUUUAUGCACAUCCAUCCCUUCUUAGGUGAGCUUCGAUCUAAGCAUCUUGUCAAGAAAUAUCCUAGCCCCCUAAAGGUAGUAACCACUUAUGCGAUAUUUUUCCACAUUUUCUUGUUGCUUGUUUUUCUUUGAAGUUUUAUACACUGGAUUUGUUAGGGGAAUGAAAUUUUCUCAUCUAAAAUUUUUCUAGGAGAUAUCAUGAUUUUAUGUAAAGUCUCUCAAUGGGUAACCAUUAAGAAAUGUUUUUAUUUUCUCUAUCAACAGUAGUUUUGAAACUAGAGGUCAGAAAUCUUUUUAAAAUGCUGUUUCGUUUUAAUUUUUGUGAUUUUAAUUUGAUACAAAAUGCUGAGGUAAUAAUUACAGUAUGAUUUUUACAAUAAUCAAUGUGUGUCUGAAGACUAUUCUUGAAGCCAGUAUCUCUUUCCCUUGGCAGAGUAUGAUGAUGGUAUUUAUCUGUAUUUUUUACAGUUAUGCAUCCUGUAUAAAUACUGAUAAUUCAUUCCUUUGUUUACUAAAGAGACAUAUUUAUCAGUUGCAGAUAGCCUAUUUAUUAUAAAUUAUGAGAUGAUGAAAAUAAUAAAGCCAGUGGAAAUUUUCUACCUAGGAUGCAUGGCAAUUGUCAGGUUGGAGUUGAAAUGUUUCAUUUGGGAAAUUCAGCUUUUGCAGAAGCGGUGUUUCUACUUGCACUAGCUUGGCCUCUGACGUGACCAUGAUGUUGUUCUUGAUGACAUUGCUUCUGCUAAAUUCAAUAAAAACUUCAGAAAAACCUCCAUUUUGAGCAUCAGGAUUUCAUCUGAGUGUGGAGCCCCUGGAAAGGAAGUCAGUAAAGUUUGGAGUGUGUAUUCAAGUUUCUAAAUUGAGAUUCGAUUACAGUUUGGCCGACACGACUUUUCUGGAAGAUGUGAUAUACCUACUACUUAAUCGUUCUUUUUCCUUUCUCUCGCCCAACACAAUCUUAUAAAACGGAUUUCACCCCCAGGCCAAUGCAGCUAAUUUUGAUAGCUGCAUUCAUUUAUCACCAGCAUAUUGUGUUCUGAGUGAAUCCACUGUCUGUCCUGUCGGAUGCUUGCUUGAUUUUUUGGCUUCUUAUUUCUAAGUAGAUAGAAAGCAAUAAAAAAAAAAUAUGAAAUAAAAGAACUUGUUCACAGGUUCUGCGUUACGGCAGUAACAUAUCUUUAAUCCGCCUAAUUCUUGUUGUUCUGUAGGUUAAAUGCAGAUAUUUUAACUCUGUGUGAACGCCAAACUAAAGUUUACAGUCUUUCUUUCUGAAUUUUGAGUAUCUUCUGUUGUAGAAUAAUAAUAAUAAAAAGACUAUUAAGAGCAAUAAAUUAUUUUUAAGAAAUCAA